AUGAGCAAACAAGCAAAUUCAUAAGACUAUGAUUGGCUGGUUAAGGUGAUUGUGAUUGGUGAUUCAGGAGUGGGUAAGACAAAUAUUUUGUCUUAAUUUUGUGAUGCAAAGUUUUCGAUAACUCACAUGGCCACUUUAGGAGUAGAUUUUAAGAUUAAGACCAUUGAUGUAGAUGGAAAGAAGCUGAAAUUGUAAAUUUGGGACACUGCAGGAUAGGAGCGAUUCAGAAAUAUAACCAAAACAUAUUACAAGGGGGCAUAAGGAGUGAUCUUAACAUAUAGUGUAAUUGAUAGACAAUCGUUUUAGAAUGUGGAUGGAUGGUUGAGGUCAAUACAAGAGAAUACGAAUUCGAGUGAUGUACAAUUGGUGUUGGUGGGUAACAAGGCUGACAUGUCUGCAGAAAGAUAGGUAACUCUGGAAGAAGGCAAGAAGAUGUCUUAGCAAUACAACAUUCCAUUCUUUGAGACUUCAGCAAAGAGUAACAUGAACAUCAACGAAGCAUUCAACAAUUUGGCUUUCAGAAUCAUUUAAACACUAUCUAAGAUGCAAACUAAUGAAGAGAAAUAAAACCUCAAUUUAAAGCCCAGCGAAGGAAAGGAUAAACCCAAAUCUGAAAGCUGUUGCUGA